AUGGCGCGGCCGCCGUUUAGAAUGAUACCGUCUCGCACGCCAAGAAAAAAAAAAGAAAAGAGAGUGAUGGCGAAAUUACCCCAUUACCCAAAAACAAUCUGGAAUUCAUAUUAUGUUUGGGGAAGCGCUCGCUCACACUAUCAAAAUUUAUGGGUUCCUGACCCGGUGCGUUUGUUAAAGGAAGGGGGGAUGCCAGUCCGAAUAAAAGAAGCCCACCGCCAUUUGCCAUCCUAUGCGCCAUCUCCGUCUAAAGUUUUCAAUUGGCUAAAAAAGAGUAAUCUCUGGAGUUUCGAUUCACGUGCAGUUUCAUAG